UCUUUUAGUUUGUAUCUAUGGUUAGAUAGAUGUCCAUGAUUGUUUAUGUUAUGUCACUGGAAUUUCGUCAGCUAGGUAUCGGCAGAUUUUACAUUUUGAUUUUAAGUAAUUAUUGGUGUUCUGAUUUAUAUUAAUUUUGUGAGCAGAAUGGCUUCUAUAAGCAUUCAGACAUUACGUAUUGGGCGGAUGUGCCUAGACAAUUUUGUUCAUGUUAGAAGCUGUACACGUGUUACUCCGCGCUGGCACCUGCCUCACUGGGGGCACCUGCAGCGCGGCGCCAGCGCGGCCGUGUCGGGCGAGGCUGACUCGCCCCAGGCACGGCCGGACGAAGCCAAGCUGCAGUCGGAGGUGGACAAGCUGAGCAAGGAGAUUGCUGAUCUCCUGGAGAAGGUAAAGGUGCUGGAUGAUAAAUACAAGCGAGCGUUAGCAGACGGUGAGAAUAUGAGGGUGCGCCUGACCAAGCAAAUAGAGGAUGCCAAGCUGUUUGGUAUUCAGGGGUUCUGCAAGGACCUGCUGGAGGUGGCAGACACGCUGGGCAAGGCCACGGAGAGCGUGCCCCAGGAGGAGGUGAACGACAGCAACCCUCACCUCAAGAACCUGUACGAGGGGCUGUCCAUGACGGAGGCACAGCUGCAGCAGGUGUUCAGGCGGCAUGGGCUCUGUCAAGUCAACCCUCUGAACGAGAAGUUCAACCCCAACCUGCACGAGGCACUGUUCUCACAGGAGGUGGACGGCAAGGAACCGGGCAUGGUGGUGGUGGUCUCCAAGGUCGGCUACAAGCUGCACGAGCGCGUCAUUCGGCCGGCGCUGGUGGGCGUCUCCAAGUGACGAGCACACUGCCGUGCUGUGACCGGCGUCCGGUAGUGCUGUCCACGGACUUGUGUAUUUGUUAUGUCAUCAUGUCUGGUUUCGUGAUGUCACUUUCAUGAUGUACCAAGUCAAGGGGUUCGUCACUCAGCUUUUUGGAAUAAAUCUCCAUACGCAUUCUCUUUUGAGUGAAGUGGUACUCUUAAGGUUUUUGAUUCUUGUGGUAUACCAAGGUUUCCUACUUUUACUCAAAGUAGAAGAUGUAUGCAUAUUACUUUGUACUCAAUAAACAAACAUGCAAGUAUGCUGUCAAUACAAA